AGGACGAGCCUCGCCAUGGAGCAGCGUUCCUCUGGAACUCCGACGAAGACCGCGAAAGGUGCGACGGACCAGCGAAAAUCGAGACACAGUCGUCGCACCGGUUCGCCUGCCCGGAAAGCCUCGAAGCCGAAAAAGCACCGGGAACCGGCUGGGCAGCCGGCUGCGCUCGACGCGAGUCCGCGCACCGCCGCCCAAGACAGCCCCGCGGACUCGCGCCCGGGUCCUUCGCCCAAGCGUAGCGAUUCCAUUGGCAGCAACUCGCUGGCUCGCAUGAAAGACCUGGCCCUGACUGGCCGGGAAGACCAGCGUCGCCCCUCCGAGUCGUCAUGGAGGCGUGCGAAGGUGGCGGGGCUGUCGUGCGCCCGCACCGCGACUCCACUCUGUGUCUUUUGUGUGGCACUGGUCGGUGCCGGCCUGCUCACCGCCUUGAUCCUCGGCUCGUCAGCAACGCGCAAGGCCCGUCAGAUUGCCUUCCAGUACAAAGGCUGCACGACCAGAGGCUGCCAGGAGCACUUGGAGCGCCUGUCCAACACCCUCAACAAGACCGUAGACCCGUGCAGGGACCCGAUGGCCUACGUGUGCGACAAAGUGCGCUGGCGGAGCGAGAUCGUAAGGGACGCGCUCACCGACACGCUGGUGCACUGGUACGAGCUCGGCGCCACCUUCCUCGAAAAGCAGCGAAGACCAUCGCCUGUGUCGGCGCUGUACCAGGGUUGCGUCUCUCGGAAGGGCCACACCUACGACCGCCUCGAAGAGGUUCUGUCGUUCCUCAUGGACCGCGGACUGCACUGGCCCCAACGGGUGACAGGCGUGGGCGCCAACAAGCACGCCCUGAACGUCAUCCUCGACCUCCUCAUCAACUGGGGCGUGCCCUUCUGGCUCGAGAUAAGCCUGAAACAACUGCCCGGCCACACCAGGUACAGCCUACACAUGGCCUACAGCAUGGUCAGCGUCCACAGCGCCAAGUGGCUCAACUACACCAAAGCGUACGGCAAGCGGCUCGAAUACGUGCGUUCCAUGUACAGACUGUACGGGGCCGGAGACACGCCGCUGGCCCAGUUGCGGGACCUGGUGGCCGACGAGGACGCGUGGGUUCGCGCCGUCACCGAUGGCAUCGCGAGCUCCAACCGCGUCAUCAUGAAGCUGCGGUUAGCCCACCUCGACCAGCUCACUCCGAACGUGAGCAGCCGCCGCUGGCUGGACUACCUGAAUGAACACCUGCGCCCGCACCGCCUCUCACCGGACGACAAACUGCUGCUCGUCGACAAGAUUGUGAGCACCGUGACCAACAACCUCUUCGAGAGGUCGCAACCUUCGUGGCACGCAACGUCUAUCCACUACGACGUUCGCAAGCAGCACCGAAGUGCAGCCAAACAGUUCGUGCGAAUCCGCAAUGCGAAAACGUCGACGCAGCGCUGCCACGAGGAGGAAGAACGCGCUGGACGUUUGUCGAGCAGGGCGAAAACGUCCGGCGUAAGAAGAAGAGGAGGAAGAAGACGAAGAAGGACGAGCCUCGCCAUGGAGCAGCGUUCCUCUGGAACUCCGGCGAAGACCGCGAAAGGUGCGACGGCCCAACGAAAAUCGAGACACAGUCGUCGCACCGGUUCGCCCGCCCAGAAAGCCUCGAAGCCGAAAAAGCACCGGGAACCGGCUGGGCAGCCGGCUGCGCUCGACGCGAGUGCGCCCACCCAGCUCGCACCCGCCGCCCAAGACAGCCCCGCGGACUCCCGCCCGGGUCCUUCGCCCAAGCGUAGCGAUUCCAUCGGCAGCAACUCGCUGGCUCGCAUGAAAGACCUGGCCCUGAUUGGCCGGGAAGACCAGCGUCGCCCGUCCGAGUCGUCAAGGUGGCGUGCGAAGGUGGCGGGGCUGUCGUGCGCCCGCACCGCGACUCCACUCUGUGUCUUUUGUGUGGCGCUGGUCGGUUCCGGCGUGCUCACCGCCUUGAUCCUCGGCUCGUCAGCGACGCGCAAGGCCCGUCAGAUGGCCUUCCAGUACAAAGGCUGCACGACCAGAGGCUGCCAGGAGCACUUGGAGCGCCUGUCCAACACCCUCAACAAGACCGUAGACCCGUGCAGGGACCCGAUGGCCUACGUGUGCGACAAAGUGCGCUGGCGGAGCGAGAUCGUAACGGAUGCGCUCACCGACUCGCUGGUGCGCUGGUGCGAGCUCGGCGCCACCUUCCUCGAAAAGCAGCGAAGACCAUCGCCUGUGUCGGCGCUGUACCAGGGUUGCGUCUCUCGGAAGGGCCACACCUACGAGCGCCUCGAAGAGGUUCUGUCGUUCCUCAGGGACCGCGGACUGCACUGGCCCCAACGGGUGACAGGCGUGGGCGCCACCAAGCACGCCCUGAACGUCAUCCUCGACCUCCUCAUCAACUGGGGCGUGCCCUUCUGGCUCGAGAUAAGCCUGAAACAACUGCCCGGCGACACCAGGUACAGCCUACACAUGGCCUACAGCGAGGUCAGCGUCCACCGUGCCAAGUGGCUCAACUACUCCAAAGCCUACGGCAAGCGGCUAGAAUACGUGCGUUCCAUGUACAGACUGUACGGGGCCGGACACACGCCGCUGGCCCAGUUGCGGGACCUGGUGGCCGACGAGGACGCGUGGGUUCGCGCCGUCACCGAUGGCAUCGCGAGCUCCAACCGCGUCAUCAUGAAGCUGCGCUUAGCCCACCUCGACCAGCUCACUCCGAACGUGAGCAGCCACCGCUGGCUGGACUACCUGAAUGAACACCUGCGUCCGCACCGCCUCUCACCGGACGACAAACUGCUGCUCGUCGACAAGAUUGUGAGCACCGUGACCAACAACCUCUUCGAGAGGUCGCAACCUUCGUGGCACGCAACGUCUAUCCACUACAACGUUCGCAAGCAGCGCCGAAGUGCAGCCAAACAGUUCGUGCGAAUCCGCAAUGCGAAAACGUCGACGCAGCGCUGCCACGAGGAGGAAGAACGCGCUGGACGUUUGUCGAGCAGGGCGAAAACGUCCGGCGUAAGAAGAAGAGGAGGAAGAAGACGAAGAAGGACGAGCCUCGCCAUGGAGCAGCGUUCCUCUGGAACUCCGGCGAAGACCGCGAAAGGUGCGACGGCCCAACGAAAAUCGAGACACAGUCGUCGCACCGGUUCGCCCGCCCAGAAAGCCUCGAAGCCGAAAAAGCACCGGGAACCGGCUGGGCAGCCUGCUGCGCUCGACGCGAGUGCGCCCACCCAGCUCGCACCCGCCGCCCAAGACAGCCCCGCGGACUCCCGCCCGGGUCCUUCGCCCAAGCGUAGCGAUUCCAUCGGCAGCAACUCGCUGGCUCGCAUGAAAGACCUGGCCCUGAGUGGCCGGGAAGACCAGCGUCGCCCCUCCGAGUCGUCGUGGCGGCGUGCGAAGGUGGCGGGGAUGUCGUGCGCCCGCACCGCGACUCCACUCUGUGUCUUUUGUGUGGCGCUGGUCGGUGCCGGCGUGCUCACCGCCUUGAUCCUCGGCUCCUCAGCGACGCGCAAGGCCCGUCAGAUGGCCUUCCAGUACAAAGGCUGCACGACCAGAGGCUGCCAGGAGCACUUGGAGCACCUGUCCAAUACCCUCAAGAAGACCGUAGACCCGUGCAGGGACCCGAUGGCCUACGUAUGCGACAAAGUGCGCUGGCGGAGCGAGAUCGUAUCGGACGCGCUCACCGACACGCUGGUGCGCUGGUACGAGCUCGGCGCCACCUUCCUCGAAAAGCAGCGUAGACCAUCGCCUGCGUCGGCGCUGUACCAGGGUUGCGUCUCUCGGAAGGGCCACACCUACGAGCGCCUCGAAGAGGUUCUGUCGUUCCUCAGGGACCGCGGACUGCACUGGCCCCAACGGGUGACAGGCGUGGGCGCCACCAAGCACGCCCUGAACGUCAUCCUCGACCUCCUCAUCAACUGGGGCGUGCCCUUCUGGCUCGAGAUAAGCCUGAAACAACUGCCCGGCGACACCAGGUACAGCCUACACAUGGCCUACAGCGAGGUCAGCCUCCACCGCGCUAAGUGGGUCAACUACUCCAAAGCGCGCGGCAAGCGGCUGGAAUACGUGCGCACCAUGUACAGACUGUACGGGGCCGGAGACACGCCGCUUGCCCAGUUGCGGGACCUGGUGGCCCACGAGGACGCGUGGGUUCGCGCCGUCACCGAGGGCAUCGCGAGCUCCAACCGCGUCAUCAUGAAGCUGCGGUUAGCCCACCUCGACCAGCUCACUCCGAACGUGAGCAGCCACCGCUGGCUGGACUACCUGAAUGAACACCUGCGUCCACACCGCCUCUCACCGGACGACAAUCUGCUUCUCGUCGACAAGAUUGUGAGCACCGUGACCAACAACAUCUUCGAGAGGUUCAGCAACGCAGCCAUCCUGGAGCAGGUCGCGUGGCGCUUCAUCCAGGACUACUCGUACGCCAACUCGUACGCCGCCGCCGUCGCCACGUUCGGCAACAAAGAAGCCGUGGCUCGCUUCAGGCCCCGCAAAUGCUACUCGUUCACCGAGAGCCGCUUCCAGAAGUGGCUUUUCGUGUGGAGGGUCGGUGAACAGCUGCAGCCGCCCUUGCUGAGCACCGUCAAAGCCAUCUUCGACGACUUGCGCAACACCACCCAGCGGCUGCUCUCCGACGCGGCGCCUUGGAUAGAUCCGGCCGCCCGAAUCGAGGCGGUGGCCAUAUCGCAGCGGUUGCACCUAGAACCGUACUGGUCGCUGUUCGGUGCCGAGGGAUUCAAACCGAUGCUGCCUCCCAGCGCCAUCCACAAGUACCUGGACGCCUUCCCGAGGCAAUUUUCAUCGCCACUGAAAGGCUGGAUGCAGGCUGCCGACCUGCACCGUCGCACGUUCCCCGGCUGGCCCCUCAACGACUCGCUGCUGCACCGGCACGGCGAGUACGCGUUCCCGGUGCAGUACGACUACUGGUGGAACUCGGUGUUCCUGCACCUGGCCGUGGCGGCGCCGCCAAUGUUCUACACGGACGCGCCCGCUUCGGUCAACUACGCGGCCUUCGGCACGGCCGUGGCCAGGCAGCUGGUCAGGGGCUUCGACCCGCAGAAGGGCGCGUUCCUGGACUCCAACAGAACCGUGAGGAGCUGGAUGUCGAGAGCCACGCGCGAAGAGCUGCAGAAGAAGAUCUCGUGCGCUGGCGGCAGCUCCUCCGUGCUCAUGGACGUGGCCGCCGCCCAGGUCGCGUACCGGGCCUUUCAGGAACACCGAGCGGCCGAGCCAAGACGCUACGCCGUGAGCAAGGACAUCUCGCUGACGCCGGACAUGCUCUUCUUCGUGACUCUCUGCCGCAGCCUGUGCGGCCGGGGUGAACUGUGUCCCAAGGUGCUGAGCAACAUGGCUGCGUUUAGCCGCGCGUUCUCCUGUAAACCCGAUGCGCCCAUGAACCGCGCCGACAAGUGCUCCUUCUUUGAGCAGGCGUGACAUCUUGCCAAAUAUGGAACAGUGGUGGCCGAGUUCCUUCAAGAGGCACCAUUCGUUUGUAUGCCCAUAGCGUUUUGCAUCAGAGUUUUAUGAAUUGCAAAUAACGUGCGAUAUAUGAGUACAAUUUUGUGCUCUUUUUUUUAAAUACUUUGCCUGAGCUCACGGGGGUUGCAAUGUGGGCUUGUUGGUAAUGUAUCUUCAAGGGCAGUACGGUAGCGCGAUUAAAAGAUGGGACAAAGAAGGCACAUAGGGACAAGCGCAGUUCUUGAUCAAGAUUUCAACGUACGAAAGAUGUUGCGUUCCAUGCAGCUCAA